GAAGAGGAGAAGAAGACGUAGAAGAAGAAGCUCACACGUGUGUCCAACAUGUCUGCCUACCGUGUUGUUGUGUGCUGAGAUGCUAUGAGCUGUGUUUAACGCUACUUUUGUGUCAUAAAUAGUACGCUGAAGUUACCGGCAGCGGACUCGAAGGAGCCUUAAAGCUUAAAGAUGGCGCAGAGGAAGAAGAAACUGACGAAGAAGAAGAGGCACACGGGCAGCAGGGAGCCGGAGGCGGACUCUGACAGCGGAGACUUCGAGCUGGCUGCUGAAGUUAAAGACGAUGAUUCUUCGGGGACGAAACUGCCGAGGUUCCCUGCCUCAGCAGACUACAUGUCAGAUGUGGAGCCUGACACAAGGCAGCUGGUCAGAGCACAAAACAAGAAGAAGAAGAAGUCUGGAGGCUUUCAGUCCAUGGGUCUUAGCUACCCUGUAUAUAAAGGCAUCAUGAAGAAGGGUUACAAAGUCCCUACCCCGAUCCAAAGAAAGACUAUCCCGGUGAUUUUGGAUGGUAAAGAUAUGGUAGCCAUGGCCAGGACCGGCAGUGGUAAGACAGCUGCCUUCCUGGUGCCGAUGUUUGAAAAGCUGAAAGGCCCUCAAGCCCAAACGGGGGCCCGGGCCCUCAUCAUGACCCCCACCAGGGAGUUGGCCCUGCAGACCAUGAAGUUCACAAAAGAGUUGGGAAAAUUCACCGGCCUCAGGACUGCCUUGAUCCUCGGUGGAGACAGCAUGGACGAUCAGUUUGCUGCUCUUCAUGAAAACCCUGACAUAAUCAUCGGUACCCCCGGUCGUCUCAUGCACGUUGUCACGGAGAUGAACCUGAAAUUACACAAUGUGGAAUAUGUGGUGUUUGAUGAGGCUGACAGGCUGUUUGAAAUGGGUUUCGCUGAACAGCUUCAGGAGAUCAUCCGCAGGCUUCCAGACAACAGACAGACUCUGCUGUUCUCUGCCACUCUGCCCAAACUGCUGGUGGAGUUUGCUAGAGCAGGGUUGACUGAACCAGUGUUGAUUCGUUUGGAUGUUGAUUCUAAGCUCAGUGAUGAGAUCAAGCUGUCAUUCUUCCACGUGCGUGUGGAUGACAAGCAGGCGCUGCUGCUUUAUAUGCUGAGGAACGUAGUGAAGAUUCAUGAACAGACUGUGGUUUUUGUAGCCACUAAACACCAUGUAGAGUACCUCAAGGAGCUGCUGACUUCAGAAGGUGUGGAGUGUGCCUACAUCUACAGCUCCCUCGAUCAGACCGCCAGGAAGAUCAACAUUGGGAAGUUCGUGCAUCGGAAAGCCAUGGUGCUGAUUGUGACUGAUGUCGCUGCUCGUGGUAUAGACAUCCCCCUGCUGGACAAUGUCAUCAACUACAACUUCCCCUCCAAGCCUAAGCUAUUCCUUCACAGAGUUGGCCGUGUGGGGCGUGCUGGCCGCAGCGGUAGAGCCUACAGUUUGGUUUGUCAAGAUGAGAUGCCUUUAGUCUACGACCUUCACCUCUUCCUUGGAAGGCCCGUUCAGUUUGCCACACCUGAACACACACAAGAUUCAGAGGGUGUGUUUGGUCGGGUGCCUCAGAGUAUCCUGGAUGACGAAAGUGCUCAUCUGUUCACGGCUCACGAAAACUCCCACGACCUGGAGAACCUGCAUCGUGUCUCAGAGAACGCCUAUAAGCAGUAUCUCAAGUCUCGACCGAACCCCUCAACGGAGUCCAUCAGACGCGUUAAAAGCACAGAUACGUCCCUCAUGGCCGUCCAUCCACUACUAGGGUCGGGUUUGGAGAAAAUGGAACUGGAUCGCCUUCAUUUGGUUGAUGCAAUCAAAGGCUACAAAUCCAAAUCGACAAUCUUUGAAAUCAACUCUAGCAGUAAGACACAGGCUAGUGAGGUGAUGCGGAAAAAACGCUCCAAAGACACACAGCUGGUGGACAAAUUCACCAAACAGCGAGACAGCCGGGCUGCAGAUAGCCAGCUGCGGCAGCCCAUCAACCCAACCAUAGCUGACGAUGAUUUCACACACUCUACAGGCAGAGAGGAGGACGAAGAUCUAACGGGGGUGUUCUCUUCGGUAGUAGGUGGAAAAAGAAGAAUCCUGCGGCAAGAUGGGGAAGAACGGCCAAAUAACAAGAGAAGCAGACAGUCGGGCAAAGACGAGGAGUAUUACAUCCCCUACAGACCCAAAGACUUUGAAUCUGAGAGAGGGUUAAGUCUCAGCGGCGAGGGCACUGCUUUUGAGCAGCAGGCCUCCUCAGCUGUCCUGGACCUCAUGGGAGAUGAGGGAGAGCGGCUCAACCAGCACAAACACAUGAUGAAAUGGGACCGUAAGAGGAAGCGCUUUGUGAGAGAAUCUGGAAAGGGGGAUCAGAAGAAGAAGAUCAGAACAGAUGGUGGUCAGGUCAUCGACAACAAGAGGAACAGGAAGAACUUUUACGAGGAGUGGAAGAAGAAAUACAAGGUUGAUGACGCAGAUGACUCAGAUGGAGUAACGGGAGCAGGGAGGAGGCCAGCAGGAGGUCGUGGCCGUGGCCGUGGUCGGGGAGGUCCUAACUUCCAGAGGUCUGCAACACCGCAGCAUACACCCGGAGGCCGAAAAAUCCGCUCAGAGCUGAAGACGAGCCAGCAGAUCCUGAAACAGCGCAAGAAGAAUCAGAAGCAGCAGUUCCUGCAGGGUGGGGGCAUGAAGAAACUCCGUGCCAAGAACAAACAGUUUGUUGGAGAUGUUAAGAAGUCAGGUUUCGGACGAGGUGGUCAAAAGAAGGGUAAGAUGAGGAAGAGACUCUGAGGAGGAUGCAGAGGGAGAUGACGAUGUGAGAUGGCGGGUGCCAUGAGGGACCGGAUCGUGGCUACAUUAUCGUUCCCAACCACCUUAAAUCAUUUCGCAGUCAUUCAAGACUAUGGAUUGAAAGAGUUGAGGAAAUUAUCUCUAACUUGUAGAGAUGAGCUUCAACUUUUACUUCAUUGCCUACUGAACUCUAAAUUGGAAACAGAUUAUGUAUAAGUAUGAUCCAGUGUACCGGAUUUUUCCCGUUUUGAGCAUGUUGGCAGAUGAAGUGUUGAACAGUACUGAGAUAUGUCUAUAUGCAUCAUUAACUGUUGGCAAAAUACAGAUAUUAAUGAGACAAUA